AUGGCUGGCCUGCAAGCACGGGUGUGCUGGUCGCACGCGUCGGUCCCGAGCGUCGUGCGCCGGCGGAUAUUCUCUCAACCGGCGGCCGUAGUACGGUGCCAUCUAUCGGCCGGGCCGUCACGCCCAGCGAACUGCACCGCGCCGCGGUGUAGACCAGCUAGCCUCCGGGAGGUCCAGUCGCGCACCAGAUGGGGCGCCCCGGGCGUGGCGCGUGGACGGCAGGUCGCGUGCACCGCUGCGGGCAAGAAGCGGGUCGUGUUCCUCGGCACGCCGGACGUCGCCGCGGCUACGCUCGGACAGCUGCUCGACGCUGCAGAGGCGCCGGAGAGCGCGUUCGAGGUGUCGGCGGUGGUGACCCAGCCGCAGCGGGCGCGCGGGCGCGGCAAGAAGGUCGUGCCGUCGCCCGUCGCCAAGUACGCCGCGCAGCGCGGCAUAGCACAGGACGCGAUCUGGGAGCCCGCAUCUGCCAAGGACGACGCCUUCCUGGCGCAGCUGCAGGAGCUCGGUCCCGACCUGUGCAUCACAGUGGCGUACGGGAACUUCCUCCCCUCGAAGUUCCUUGCGAUUCCCCGGCACGGCACGCUGAACGUGCACCCCUCGCUGCUCCCCGCGUUCCGCGGCGCUGCGCCGGUCCCGCGCGCCGUGGAGGCCGGGCUGGCCGAGACGGGCGUCACGGUGGCGUUCACGGUCCUCGAGAUGGACGCCGGGCCGGUCCUGCGGCAGAUCACGGCCCCGAUCGGCGCGAACGAGACGGCGCCGGAGCUCCUGGACAGACUGAUGGCCGCUGGCAUGCAGGCGCUCAUCGAGGAGCUGCCGCGCGUGUGGAGCGGGGAGGCGGAGGAGGUCGCGGUGCCGCAGGACGGGUCGAAGGCGACGCACGCCGCGAAGAUCUCGCGCGAGGAGUCGUUCCUGGACUUCUCGCUCCCCGCCGCGGAGCUGCACAACCGCGUGCGCGCGUUCGCGGGCUGGCCGGGCACCACGGGGCGAUUCGUGCAGCGCGUCGACGGCGGCGGCGACGAGGAGGUGAACAUCAAGGUGGUGCGCACGGAGCCGUCGGAGGGCGGGGCGGCGGUGGGCGAGGGAGGCCUGCUGCCGGUCGCGCAGGAGAAGGACGCGCUGGUGGUGCCGUGCGGCGCGGGCACAGCGCUGCGGUGUUUGGAGGUGCAGGCGCCCGGGAAGAAGGCGAUGGCUGCGCAGGCGUACAUCAACGGACUCAAGGCGCGGAAGGCGAGCCUGUUCGUGCAGCACUGA